GUGAGCACGUGCUAAUAUACAAGUGAAUAAAGAUGAAAAUGAGGGUUAGGGGUUGGGUCUCAGGAUUAAAAUAGAUGUGGAGAGAUGCAGAUCAAGCCUUUUGGGAGUAGACUUCAGGGGGGCCAGCAGCCCCAAGCAGCCAAGAACCCUCCGGGCUGGGAGCGUGCUAGGAUGGGGCUGGGAUGCCGGCGCCUCAUAAACACAGGCUUUGCUCCCCCGCACCUUUCCCAGAUGAACACAGUGCGGGUGGGGGCUCCGUUGUUCCCACUCCUGCCUAACUUGGGCCUCAGUCCCUGUUGGUUCAGUGAGCAGGUAAGCUGAGUGUAAGGGAACCGCACGCUUGGGUUUGCCUUCUGGAAGUGUUUCCGGUGGCCAGGCCGGGAGAGAGCCCAUUGUGGCAGGUGAGGGCAUGAGCCCGGGCAUGAGCUGGGGGAGGGGCUGCUCGGGUCGCUCUGGGAGCAGGAGAAGCCCUGGGCUGCCUCGCCCUGCACUCACCUGGGGCUGUCUUCUUUGCAGGUGUGUCGGCCCCAUCCUUCCUCCACUGCUUCACGCUGGCCAGUGCCGCCUUCAACCUGCAGGUUGCCACCCCUGGGGGGAAGACCAUGGACUUCGUGGAUGUGAAUGAGAGCAAUGCGCGCUGGGUGCAGGACUUCCGCCUUAAGGCCUACUCCAGCCCCGCCAAGCUCGAGUCCAUUGAUGGUGCCCGGUACCAUGCGCUCUUGAUCCCCAGCUGCCCGGGGGCCCUGGCCGACCUGGCCAGCAGUGGCUCCCUGGCCCGCAUCCUGCAGCACUUCCGCUCCGAGAGCAAGCCCAUCUGCGCUGUUGGCCAUGGCGUUGCUGCCCUCUGCUGCGCCACCAAUGAGGACAGGUCCUGGGUGUUCCAGGGCUACAGUGUGACGGGGCCCUCUGUGUACGAGCUCGUCAGGGCGCCUGGCUUCGCCCGCCUGCCCCUCAUUGUGGAGGACUUUGUGAAGGACGCGGGAGCCAGCUUCAGUGCCAGCGAGCCGGACGCUGUGCACGUCGUGCUGGACCGCCACCUCGUCACCGGCCAGAACGCCGGCUCCACCGUCCCUGCCGUGCAGAACCUGCUCUCCCUCUGUGGCAGCCGGUGAGGGGCCGGGCGGCGGGCGGGUUCCGGCACGUGCGUAGCUCCUCCGCUGGGCCGCAGCCGGGCCCAGAGCCCUGACCUGGGUCCGUCCUGCAGGAAGUGAGGCGUUCCCCGCUGAGCCUGCCUGCCUGCGACACCACCACCUCCGAUGGCCUCCGCAAGAGCGACUCACCCUGACCAGGCCUCCCCGAAUCAGCCCUGGGGGAGGAUGCGCUGCACUGGCCACGGUGGGGCUCGGGGCCGCCGGUGCCAGCGAGUGGCCAUACCUCCAAGGGUGUGGCCUUGGCCCUCCAGUCUUCUGGGCUGGCUCUGGGUCCCCAUGUGCCCAGGUCGAGGAGCAGAGGCUGAGCCUCCCUGUGGCCCAGGAUGACGGUGCAGGCCGGGCAGUGUCCGUGUGGGGAAGACUGUGCCCAGGCCCAUCUGCUGCCUCCAGCCCUCGGGGCCUGUUCACCUGGGCAAGGGCCGAGGGCCGCCCACGAGGCUGCGGGGAAGAGAGCGAAAGCCCUGGAGGAGGUAGAGCGGCCUCCGGGCCUGGUCCUCUGCCAUCUGGUGUUCCCCACACGUCCAGGCUGUUUAAAGCAGACCCUGAUGUCCCCCUGAGAGAAACCCCACUGCACCCCACUGCUCCCUACCCCGCCCAAACGGUCAGGAACGUUCACAGCAGUGUUCUCAGUAAUGAGCAUGGACAGCAGCCCCUACGUGGAGGCUCCUGGCUGGCGGGCGGCGUCAGCCGCCGUGUGGCAGUACAUCACUGGCCACAAAGAGGAAUGAGGUCCUGGUGACAUCGUACAGUGUGAGUGAACCUGGAAAACACUGAGUGUAAAAAGGGGUGUGAGUGCCUC